AUGAAUUUAACUAACUUCUACACUAAAUUCGGACAAUUACUGUCAGCGAAUGUGUCACUUGGUGGACCUCAACAUGAAGCGGACAACUGGACUUUCGCAAAUACCAAUCCCUUUGCGGUGGACGUUUUAUUUUCGGGACAUGAGCCAGGCACCAUCGUUCUGGUGGUUAUGUACACGCUUUCUUUUAUUACCGGACUCGGUGGGAACAUCAUGGCUCUCCUGGUGCUCACGCGCAAGAGGAACCGUUUGGCGGGGGCAUCGGCUACGCGCCGGCUCCUGGUAAACCUGGCAGUAUGUGACAUGAUGGUCGUGUGCGUGUGUAUGCCCGUAAACCUGGGACACCAGGUUUAUAACGCCUGGGUGUUUGGAGACUUCAUGUGCCGCGCGGUGCCGUUCGUUCAGGCGGUGUCGGUGUCCGCCAGCGUUCUGAGCCUGGCCGUGAUCAGCCUGAACCGGUACUACAGUGUACAUAACCCACUCCACGCAAGGUCCUUCUUUACAGGGCGGCGGAUACUCUGCAUGAUCUUGGUGGUGUGGGCUGUGUCGUCAGUUCUCUGCCUCCCGCUAGUGUUCAUGAACACCACUCGGACCCUGUCUCUCCUAGACGGGGCGCACACCGUCACCGUGUGCGUGGAGAGCUGGGGCAAAGUUAAGCUGCGACAGGGCUACAACUUCCUCCUCUUCUGUUCGCUCUACGGAUUCCCCGUGCUGUUCAACUUGGUCAUCUGCCUGCUUACGGCAUGGAAGCUAUGGGGAACGGACGACAAACUCCAAGAACCAAGCAAAUAUGGUAUUGCGCAAUCAGUCUCUCGUCUAAAAGUUCGUCAAAGGAUCGCCAAGAUGGUGUUGUCUUUGGUACUGCUUUUCACAUUGUCCUGGUUACCCCUAUACGUGGUGGACAUCUGGAUAGACUUCAACAUGCCGGAGACAAUAGGUGGAGAAGAGGGAAAUCAUUUCGAACACGAGUGGAUCAUGCAGAGCAGACCCUUUGCACAGUGGCUUGGUCUGACCAACUCUGCUCUCAACCCACUGUGUUAUUGCUUCGUGGGAAACCUGUACCGGUCAGCCAAGAGGUUCCGGGAGAGCUACAGACAGAAACUGUCGUCAGUGUUCAGUCUGUCGUUACAGCAGUCUACCAUGGGCGACUCCGUGCGUAAUUUCUCCCUCUCCCACAGCCGCCCUCCAUCAAACAAGCGCGCCACCGAGAAGCGCGCGUCCAAAGAUUGCGACAAUCUUGGUGACAGGUUGACUAAGAGUCAAAGUUUGUCUACUGUCACAGUUUGUGAGACAGUUUUCGAUUGA